AUAAUGUUUCCUGGACAACGUUCCAAGUUUUCCAUUCACGUCGGAAAAUUCGUACAAAUAAGGUGUCCGUUAUUUCGAUUUAUGUUUAUCGAAUUUAUGCGAAUCUUAUUGUGGAAUUGAUAGAUUUUGAAUUUAUGUGGAUAUAUAUUUUGUGAAAAUUCCAUUUUUCAUGAGAUUAUUUUCUAUUUUCGAAUAGUUUUUAUAUUUUCGCGAGUUUUGGUGUUUCGUGAUUGUAUGUAACUUCGAGUGAAGAAUACUUAAAAGCUUGGGUGCCGAUACCGGGUUUUAAAUUGUGAUUGAAGUAGUGUUGGAUAUACGUGACCUUUUACAAUUUUCGAAUGAACACCUCAAAGUGGAGCUAAUAUUAUUAAGAGUGAAAUAGAUAUGCAUCAAACGGAUAGCAGAUAGUUUACAAUUUACAAAUGCAUCCUUAGUGAAAGUCCUAUUCUAACAUUUACAUAGAGGCUCAUUGUUGCAAGCCAAGGACAGUGGAUAUUUAACUUCCAAUUGCUGGAAUUUGUUUCUAUAUUGGAUAUUACCGCGAAAUGCUUUUAAGUUGACAACAACUAUCGAAUAGUUUCAACUAGCGAUCAACUGGAAGCAACACUCCAAAGUGUUUAAAUUGAGAUAAUAUUUGUUUAUUCAUUGAGCUGAAAUGUUGACGCUUUCAAAAAUGGUAACAUCGGAUAAUCUUAAUGCAAACACCAGGGAUAUGGUACUAAAGCGUGCGGGUUUAACCAUCAAAUCUCUUCAGCACUAACAACUCUUCUUCAAAAACGCUUCAAAAUCUAGAUUUUUUAAAAGUUAUUCGCUUUUCGAAAAUAGUGCAUGCUCUACUUUGGUAUUCAAAAUAUUAUAUUUUGGCUAAAAAUCUCCGUGUGUUAUUUUUGUUCACAAUUUAAAAUAAAAAUAUCUUCAAGAAAAAAGUAAUUAAGUGUGGAAUAGAGAGAGAAAAAGAAAAAGGAACUAGUGAAUUACGUAACAUCAAUGUGGUGAAAAAAAUUUCAAUUUUAAUUACAUUCAUACGUGCUCUGACUCUAAAUGAAGUUAAAAAUUAGAUUUGAUAUUGUGGCAAAACGGCUAUUGAUUGAUUCACUUAAAAAGUUUAUAAUAAAAUAUAAUAAGGAAGUAUAUAACGAAAUCAAAACGUAGAGCAUCUUUUUUGUGGAAAAUCAAACAUAAAAACUAAAAAGAUGGAAUGGCUUCUUGCAAAUCCGCAGAUACACAGCACUUUUUCAUCGCUGGGUGCUAUGAUGGGUGAUACUUAUGUUGUCAGUCCCAACGCUUUGUCUGUCUUAGAAGAGAUCAAUUGCAAACUUUUGUGUGAGGAUCAAACUCUACGAACAUUUCGUCGUGCCAUUGGUCUAGGGCAAAAUGUAAAAAUCGAUAUUGUUCCAUUAUUGGUCAACGCCAAGGACUCGCAGGUUAUUCAAGCCGCCAUAAGGAUUCUUGUAAACUUAACCGUGCCCGUGGAGUGUCUAUUUUCGGUUGAUGUCAUGUAUCGUACCGAAGUUGGGCGCCAUACCAUAUUCGAACUUAAUAAGCUGCUCAUUACCAGCAAAGAGGCUUUCCUGGAACCAAAAAGUACGAAAGCAAUUAUCGAUUAUAUGAAAUCUAUACUAGAAAGUGAUACAAAAUUGACAAUGAGUCAAUGUGAUACCAUGAACAAUUGUUUGUUAUUGUUACGAAAUAUUUUACACAUACCCGAGAAUAACGUUGUAACGCAAGGAAUUCAUAGCGGCAGUCUAACGUCAAUGCAAAAUACUAUUUUAUGGAACCUUUUUACACAAAGUGUUGAUAAGUUAUUGAUAUAUUUGAUGUCGUGUUCGCAACGUUCUUGUUGGGGUGUGACCAUGGUACAACUAAUUGCCUUGAUGUAUAAGGAUCAGCAUGUGAGCACGCUACAAAAGUUGCUGAACAUCUGGGUUGAGGCAUCAUUGUCAGAAAGUUCCGAGGAUAAUGAGAGCAACACGUCGCCCCCGAAACAAGGUAGUGGAGACUCCAGCCCUAUGCUGACAUCAGAUCCUACUUCAGACUCUUCAGAUAAUGGAAGCGGGAAACAGGAAAGUGCUGAUGACCGGCGGCAGGCGGCCCAUAACAAAGAAACAGAGGCGACGUUGCAUGAGGUGAGUCGGAAAGGACAUGAAUAUCAGAAUGCAGUUUUGAGAGCACCAACAAAGCCACAACCCUCGUGCUACCAAAACAACCCAGAUCAGAAAGCGAUGGGUCCUCCAAAAUAUCCUCCAUUGCAUCAAGUGGCACAAGACAAUGAUUCUAUGAUACAGCCAAAAACCACCUCACAGACGCGUAUUCAUCGUAUCAGUUCGUCGCAGUCGCAAUUAUUGCCAACCCAACUAAGUUCUGGUAAUUCUUGUGCACAAAAAACUCAACGUCCUUCUUCACAAUCCGAACUCUCAGAUUGUGGCUACGCGACACAGGUUGAAAAUCAGGAAUCAAUAUCAACCUCGAGUAAUGAAGACGAAAGUCCGCAGCAGAAACCUGUUCACCAGAAGCCACCCUGCAAUCAAAAGCAGCGUUUUAAUGCUGGCAAAAAAGGGAGGAAUGCGGCGAGUUCACAGGACAAGAAGGAAUCAAGACGUAAGAAGCUGGUGAAGCGAAGUAAAAGCAAUUUAAUCAACAUGAAGGGUCUUGUGCAACACACCCCUACGGACGAGGACAUAUCUCAUAUACUAAAGGAGUUCACCGUUGAUUUUCUUCUGAAGGGAUACGGAUUUCUAGUACAAGAGUUGCAUGCACAAUUAUUAUCAGAUCUUAAAGUUCAAAUCGAUACAUCGCACUUCUUCUGGCUUGUUACAUAUUUCCUAAAAUUUGCGGCUCAACUUGAACUUGAAAUGGAGCACAUAAGUUAUGUGUUGUCAUUCAAAGUCGUAAGCUACCUUACUUUCGAAGGAGUUAACAUUUGCGAGCAGCUUGAACUGAAUUCACAUCAACAAGGUUGCGACCUAAAACCAUACUUAAGAAGAAUGCAUUUGGUUGUAACUGCAAUACGAGAGUUCCUUCAGGCCUUGGAAACCUACAAGAAGGUUACACAUUUAUCUCAGGAAGACAGGCAUCGUUUGCAAAUAUUGCAAUUACAAAUUGGAACCACUGAAGAUUUACGAUGCUUAUUUGUAUUGCUUCUUCGACGAUAUGAUCCAGCGCUACAUAGCAAACAAUAUCUGCAGGACCUAAUUGUGACCAAUCAUAUCCUGCUUCUGUUAUUGGAGAGUGUCAGCCAAUAUCCGGAGAACAAAGUUGGUGGCAUUCGCAUGAUGCAGCAUUUAUCACAAUUUGCUACCGUGGAAAUAAUGAAUCACUACGGUCUAUUGUUGGAAAAUUUCCGUGAAAAUGGCGAAUUCGUGAACGAUUGUAUUUUUACAAUGAUGCAUCACAUCGGCGGUGACUUGGGUCAAGUGAACAGCCUCUUUCAACCAAUUGUUCUGAAGACGUACUCACAAAUUUGGGAAACAGAAUAUGAACUAUGUGAUGAUUGGUCCGAUUUAAUUGAGUAUGUUAUUCAUAAAUUUAUGAAUACACCUCAAAAAAGUCGACUGUCGUUGUCCAGUCCAUCUUUGACAGAAAUGACUAAAGAGUACAAUUUGGAACAUGCUUCCUGCACAUGGACACAAGAGGAAAUGGAUACUUUGUAUUGGUAUUACGUGCAAAGCAAAAAAUCGCACGAUGCAGUUGGAAAAAUUGUGAAACUCUUCUGUGACAAUGGAAACAAGUACAAGUCGCGAAUAUCUAUUAUCCAACAGUUACUUCAACAGGAUAUUAUCAACCUGGUUGAAUACGAUGAUCUCAUGAAAUUCGAAGAUGCAGAAUAUCAAAGGAAUAUUACAAAAACACCAUCCCCGUCUACAAGUACAAAGGAGUCAGGCAUUGAGAUACGAGAUUCCUAUGUCUGCAAAGCAUCUGAUGAUAUACAGGUGCUUAAGGAUCGUCUUCUGAAGGAGAACAAAGGAGAAUCUUUGCAAUGGCUCCAGAAAGUUCUAAUUGAAUGCUGUCAUGUUAAGCUGGUGCUCAGAGGCGACAUUAAAGCAGAUGAAUAUGAUACUAACAUACUAGAACCAAUUCCUUAUCAUUGCAUUUUGAAGAAAAAGUCGAUACCCUUGGUCCCAUGGAAUUCUGAACAAACAUCAAUUCUCCUCUACCAACCAUUCGUUUUGCUACUCCAUAAGUUGGGCUUUCAUCUACCCGCUGAUGCUGGUAAGCUAUUUGUGAGGAUACCCGACUUUUGGACAGCCGACAUAUUAUACAGCACCGCACAGAAGCUGGGGCCCGUAAAUAAAUGUGAGUUAGCGCUAAUUAAAUUCGAUUUGAGUCUGCUGAAAGUCGAAGCUGGACAAGUAGACGAACUACCGGCACUACAAGAGGACACCAGCAAUAAGGAAAUGUUUGCAGUGCCGCGGACAAAACGCACUAAUUCAAUUAUAAGGUUUACGCCCGAUGGCGAGUCAACACCAACAGUUCCGAAUUGGCUGCAGGUUGUAAUGAGAAGUAAAUGCAUCUCGACUGAUAAGCUUGAAAGUUCAUCACCAGUCAGCAUCUCACCCAUGGAUUCUUCAUUGCUUUUGUGUCAGCCAUCUACAUCUAAAGUAUGCCAAUCUCGGGGGCCAAGCUGUGACCCCAUUGACGAGGAUGCAGUUAUGCAAUCAGCAGAUAGUUCAGAUGAAAGCGGUCUUCAGAAGAGGAAAGACUGCCUCGAAGAUAAGUACAAAACAAUGAUUGCUGAAGUGUAUGAAACUGAGGACAUUAGUAAUUGUGAAACAGCCUCAGUUGCUUCAGACCUAACGCGAAUGUAUGUCAGCGACGAAGAGGAUAAGACGAGCAUUGGGACCCAUUUUUUAUAAGUCAGCAAGUCAACAAAUUUCUGUUCUGAACCACGUAUCCUGACGAGCGGAGUAACACAAAGUUCAAAUACCACAACUGAAGUCAGUACAAAAGGCAUUCUCCCCUUACGGCUUAACGAAGCAACUAAAUUUUAUAUCCUGAAUUUCCUAUAAACUUACUUAUAGCCCAAAAGGCUGAGAACGAGGAUACUAACUCAAUUUUCGGGGUUAAAAUUCAUUACCCUGUAAAGAAGAUGUAACCAGAAAAUUGCAAAAGCAUAAGCUUUUGCGUUUUCGCUAAAAGAUGUGAUAAAGCUACUUCGAUCUGUAACAAUUACAAAAAUUAGGAAAGCAUCCAAAAUUUCUUCUUAAAGAAGAGAAAGAAUAUUUAUUUAUUAACUAAUUAUCAAAUUUAAAAUUGACAACUGCCUUAGAAGAGAAAAUUAAUUAGUAGUCACGUUACAAAGGCUUCAUCGCGACGAAAGUGAGAAUGUGAGAAUUUUCAGGAUACUUAGGAACAGAUUUUCUACGCAACUUUCCAAAUUGGCUUUCAUUGACAUUAGAAAUUACAAGCAAAGAUACCACUAACUUAGAGAAAAUUAAUUAGACUUAAGAGUCUAGUUAAAAGAAAAAUAUUUAUUUAAAUUAUGAAAGGAAUUUUUAAAAAAUAUUUAAUAUUAGAUAAACAAUGAAAAAUUCUUCCUUGUAAUCCAAAUUUACUUGUUGGCUUCAAAAUGUACCGAGAUUGCCAAAAAAAAGUUAACAGAAACCUCAAAAAAUUAAUAACGAUCUUUGGUGAAUCAAAGACAUUUACAGAAAUAUCUUGAUUUGUUUUUCAUGUUAUGUGUCAAAUUUAUAUCCUCGGCGUAUAAUAUACUUUAAACACAGUAAAAUAGAUAUCCCAGAAAAAAAUCUAAAAAGGAAAACUCUGUAAAACGAACAAACAAUUAUUGAUAGAUAAAAUUAAAAGUAAUAUAUUUACAUGUAUUGAUAUAUUUUAAGAUGAAUGAUAUUUUGAAAUAAUGCGAAUUUGACUUACAUACAUAUAUAUGUUAAUAUUUACCUGUUAGAAGCUAAGAUAAAAGUCUUUAUAUUUACAAAAUGUUGUUUAAGGAAAAAGCUGGAUGAUACCAAUUUUAGAAAAAUAUACAUGAUAAAUUGAG